AUGCAGCGAAAUCCCUCAAGUGUGCAACGCAUGAAGCUGCUUGGAGCUCAGGUUAAGGCUGUUGAUGGGAAUUUUCAGGCGGCAGUAUCAGAAUCAACUAGGUCAUGGAUAGAAAACCUAGAAACUGGAUAUUACUUAGCAGGAACAGCGGUGGGCCCACACCCUAUCCCUACAAUGGUCCGUGAAUUCUAUUCGGUGAUUGGAAAAGAAACAAGGAAGCAAGCAAUUGAGAAAUGGGGUGGCGUGCCAGAUGUGUUGGUUGCUUGUGUAGGGACUGGUUGUAAUGCUUUAGGUUUGUUUCAUGAAUUCAUAGGGGAUGAAAGUGUACGGAUGAUUGGAAUUGAGGGAGGUGGGGUAGGAAGUAAAACCAGAGAUUUACAUUCUGCAAGUCUUGUAAGAGGUGAAGUUGGUGUUUAUCAUGGAGCAAUGUGUUAUUCGCUACAAGAUGGAGAUGUCAAAUCAUUAGAACAGAGUCAGUGGCUAGUGGGUAUAUUGGAGUUUCCAGGAGUAAGCCCAGAACUAAGUUUUCUAAAAGAUUCUGGCAGACUGGAAUGUUACACCGUUACUGAUCAAGAAGCUCUUGAUGGGUUCUGUAGCCACAAAGAAACUCAAGGACCUGAAAAGGAAGGCUGGAGCAGAGAGGUAACUGAUGCAGAAGUUAGCAUUAUUGUUGUUGAACAGCCAUAUUCAAUUCAUCAAGAUUAUGCAUUUAUUCGUACAACUCUCCCUCAAUUCUUACUCUCCGAUAUGAGGUUAACACUAUCGAGAGGACACCAUCAAUGA